GCUCGUAAGUGCCGGGGGCCGGUCAAGGGUGUCCGCCGAUAUCAAGAUUCGAAAGACAAGUCCUCGACAUCCAACCUGAAGACCCAUGCCAUCGGUUGCUGGGGCCAGGCGGCUGUCGAAGACGCGCUCAGCGGUAAGGAGCCGAGAAAGCGAGAGAACGCGAUCAACAUCGCGUUUGCUAAGGCGGCCGGACUCCCUGGACCACGGUUGGUUCAGGUGUCGCACAGGAACCAUACCAACACCGAACUCAUGUCGGCGGGCCGGCCAAACAUCGAAAUCCCAUCCCCGAAGACGAUCUCCCGUGAUCUCAAGGCGUCGUUUCAACGGUGCCAGAGCCGCGUCAAGAAGAUGCUUACUGACCAUCCCGGGCGGAUUCACUUUGCGACGGAUGCAUGGACGUCACCCAACCACCGUGCAUUCGUCGCGUGGACCGCUCAUUUAGAGUUUCAAGGGGCCCCUCUAUCGUUCCUGCUUGACAUAAUUGAAGUUCCGGAGGUACGUCAUUGGAUGAUCGAACGUGUGCUGAAUUUCCGCUGA